AUGAAACAAGUUAACACAGUAAUCAUUCUGUCACUUGGUCUUGAUCUCAAUGAUCAAAAAAUAUCUGAGUCAACAGCAUGGCACUGGCUAGUGAAACUUGGAUACAAGCUGAAAGAAGUAAAAAAGGGUGUCUAUGUUGAUGGUCAUGAGCAUGAAGAUGUGGUUGCUUACUGUCAAAAUUUCCUGGAACAAUUCACUGCAAAUGAAAGUCAUACCUACCAGGAUGAGGACCUCGAACCAGUUGAACCAGUUCUUGCCCAUGGAGAGAAGCUACAUAUACCCAUAAUGCAUGACAAGAAGAUGCCACUUCAAAAAAAAGGUCAUGGGCAUGCAAUCCAUGUCUCCAACUUUAUUGUUGAGCAGACAGGGAGGCUCGUGCUAUCAGAGGCUCAACUUCAUCAAAAUGCCACACUGCCUGAAAGGCUUUGUGGAUGGCAUCAAACAAUGAACUUUGCUGGUGACCUCACACCAGAUCAUCCUGACUUUGAGUUUUGUGGUCAGCCGAAGGGAAUGUAUUUUGAAGGUGGCAAAUGGAGGGAAGGCUGUUGGGGAGUGUCAGACAUGCAAGUUGUUGUGGGAAGCUCAGGAAAAAUUAUGUCACAAGCAAUCAAACCAGGACUCAAACAACAAACAAUAAGGGAAAUGGAGAGGAGUCAACCAGAAGGUUUUAUAUACUAUGAGAAUCAUGCAUGGACCAAGACAAGAAAGGUAGUUCAAGGGUAUAGGGUUUAG